AUGGGGUCGGUACCCACUGACCCUGAAUUUACUGAAAACUUCGGUCUCAAUGACUUCGGCGAUCUCCUAACGCUCCCGUUCCAAAAGUGUCCUUCCGGGUAUUGCAACAAUGGCGCAGAGUUGUGUAGCCACUGCAGCAGCGGAGCUCCUACGGAGCUGCAAGGCCUGGCCUCGAAGCCUGCCUCCCUCCUGGAUCUGCCAGAGGUGCUGGAAGAGCUAAUUGUGCUGCUGGACCCUGAGCCUGGUGCAAGCAUGGCCUAUGGUUCCAUUCAGUACCUAGCUGCCAGGCAUAGGCUGCCUGCCACCUGGUCCACUUUCGCCUACUCAUUGCAGCCCAGCCAAUCACCUCUAAGGACCCUGAUUGAGAUGGUGGUGGCAAGUGAGCCAUCUGCCAGGCUGAGCCAGUUUGGCCAACACCUGGCGGCAAAUGCACUACAGGCACUAUCCAAGCUUAGCUAA